GAUGUAGAGCGGGAAAGAGGUAUAUUUCAUCAAUAACCAUUUGAGCUUCAAAGUCAUGUAUCAUGUGAAUCCUGAGGAUGAUUCUGCACAAAUUGUUGGCUUUCAUGUUGAUCCUUACAGUAUCAACCACGAGUAUGAGUGUCCAUGGAAUGACGAAAACCCUCAUCUGCUAACUUGUAAUCAACACACCAAUGGCGUAAAUCAAGCUUUCAAGAUGCCCUUACGUAUUGAAACCGACACAGAGGUUGUUUUUACUUAUGAUGUCUCAUUUUUUGAGUACGAUUACAAGCAGCCACGUAUAAGAAGACAAUUGUUUCCUGGCCCCAACAUCAUCUUUUAAAAGGUAAAGUACAGAAAUGGUGGCUAAACUAUUUACAACGAUGAAUAAUGUUGGUGUUGUGUUUUUUUCUUUUUGAAACUAAGGUGUUGUUUGUUGUUAUAUUUACAGUGUGAGGCUUAAUGCAUUUAAGGCUUACGUAUUUAAUGCAUUUAACUCAUUCCUGGAUGUAACUCCAAGGUGCAAGAAAUCAAUAUCCAAGCAUCAAAUGAAGUGAAUUGAAAAAACCCUUAUACAUUGUACUUAAAAGAUGUGAAUUUUUUCAACAACAAAAAAAAAAAGAGAUGUGAAUUAAUUCA